GCCACUUCGAUCACCAGUCUUGGAUAUAACGCGACGCUGUUGAAACUCGCGCCCGCUCCAAAUUGUCAAAAAGUCCUGAAUAUACAUUCGUUUAGCAUUCGGUAUGCGUACAUCGUCCUAGGCCGUUCGCCGCACGCCACUGACACAUUUCUGCGGUUACGCGCGUUUAUUGAAUUUAGAACAGUUUUGUUUUUCAGACUCGGUGCAUUUUGGUGCAACGUCUAGGAAUCUGUGCUUUUUAUUGGAAAAUAUUUCGUGUUGGAUUUGUGAAGAUGGAUAACAAGAGGCGCGCAGGUCCAUCGAUUCUCACAUUUUGGAUAUUUCUACUUCAAAUGUUGGGCAACGCCCGACGCGGAGCUGAAGGUCACGGCCGACUGAUGGACCCUCCAGCACGCAACUCCAUGUGGAGGUUUGGCUACCCCAACCCUGUCAACUAUAACGACAACGAACUCUUCUGUGGAGGAUAUGCCGUCCAGUGGGAGCAGAACGGUGGCCGCUGUGGGGUCUGCGGAGACGCCGACAACCUGGCCGUGCCGCGACCUCAUGAGGCAGGGGGCAUGUACGGGAAGGGAAUCAUCAGCAAACAUUACAGUGUCGGACAGGAAAUAGAAGUGGAGAUAGAGCUGACAGCGAACCACCUGGGGACGUUCGUGAUGAAACUGUGUCCGAACAACAAUCCAAGACAAGAAGCAACACAAGAAUGCUUUGACAGAUAUCCAUUAUACGUCUCUGGCACAAGGGAAGAUCGCUUUCUCAUACCUUUGGACACCGCGAAGAAAGAAAUAUUUAGAUACAGAGUACGACUACCACCUUACGUGACUUGUACACAAUGUGUAAUGCAAUGGACUUAUUAUACAGGUAAUAUGUGGGGUAUUUGUCCAAACGGCACGGAAGCUGUCGGGUGCGGCAGGUCAGAGACAUUCAGGAACUGCGCUGACAUCAGUAUUGUGACCAGCACUGGUGGUAUCCCGCCUGCCUUUGCCGGACAGCUGCGAAGAGAUAAUCCCUUCUUGCUAUAUUACAGAGAUAUCUUCAUGCCUCAGAACAUAUAUCCUCUUGUCAUAAGAGAACAAGUAUGUUUGCCGUCGGAUGCCUACCGUCUACUACCUGGUAUGUUAAGCUGGUGUGAAACCAACUGUCUCCGCUACCCUCCAAACUGUCCGGAAACAUUGUGCCAUUGUCCGCAAGUGUGUGAAGCCAUUGGCGAGUUAGAAGGGAAGGAAGGCGCUGACGUGUACUGCAUGGAUCUAUGUAUCGUGUAUCCGCCAAAAUGUCCUAAAAACAAAUGCCGCUGUUACUAAGUCACAACUUUUCUAAACACACACUGAUAUACAAAGAAAUUUUUGUUUUACAACGUAUCUUUUGCCCAUUCAAUUUGAUAUACCCUAAUUCCAAUUUGUUGCAAACGAUAAGCCUUAUUUGGAAUUAAAAACAAACAGUGCUAGAAAUCGGGACAUUACAAUAUUAGCGAAUUGUGGGUCCCAAUUAGAUUUUAUACCUUAAACUCAUAUUAAAUCAAGUUUUGAUAAUUUUAGAAAUGCUUGUUGGUUAAGUUUAUGUAAAGAAUACCUACAUCAACUUUUGUAUUUUUACAGCCCUCUUUUUUAAUUUUGUAGUAAAAACUUAUUAUAUAAUAUAAUUUUACAUUUAUUAUUGUGCCAUUUUGUAUAAAUAUAUCAUCUAUUGUACUAUUUUAUCUAUGAAGAUUUAUCAUAGCAUUACAACUGCUGAAUUACAAUUACUUUUUGUACAUUUACUUGCGAUGUGCAAAACUGUAUAUUCUAUAUUAUAUAAAGUACUAUCUUCGAUCUACUAUGAUUAAUAUAUCUUGUACAUAGCAUUGUUUUCAAUAAUUAUAUACUGCCUACUAUAUAUAAAAAUAAAAUCUGCUAAUUUUAAACCGAAAUAACUAAUUAUAAUACAUUUGGAACAAGCAAUAUUAAAAUUGUAAAUAGUUUUAAAUUUAUUAUUCAUGUCCUAAAGAAUGCAGAGUUUUACUACUUUAAUUAGUAUCUACCGGUUGCUGUUCUAUUUUUGCCCAUUUUCUAAUUGUAAGGUCUUUCUCAAGAACUGCUAUAUAUCACCAUUAUUUCAUCUACAAUAAUAUUGUGAUUUUGUAAAAUAAACGUUAGUUAAAUA